GUUCAUGGAUCCACGCAGAUUCUUAGACCCAAUUAAGAACAAGAUGGAGCGGCUUAGCAGAUGGAAGGAUUUUGUUCAGCUUGUUCAACUAUCGGGUCGUGGAAAGGUGGUUGAUGAUUAUGGUAUGUCCAUAUUAACUUGUGAUGCGUAUAGAAGGUUAAGAGUGACAAACCCAUUCAGUUCGAAAACUGUUCCAAACGUUUGCUUCGCCGGGAGGUAUUAUGCAUCAUUCUUCUUGGAGUAUGUGAAAAAGUACACAGAGCUCAAUGAUAUGGCCGAUCAGCCGUUCAUAGCGUAUACACAUGUGUUGACAUCACACGAUACUAAUGGAAGACGUAUAGUCAAUGAUGACGAAAGUCUGUCAGAGUUGUUUCGACACGCAGCACAUUUACGAAACACUUUGACGAUCUUUGCCUCAGACCAUGGCUCAAAAGCGACUGAUUUUUCAGCAUAUUCAACAAAAGGAAGAGAAGAGGUCUUCCAACCUUUGUUGUUUAUGAUCAUUCCACACGAAGUCAGCAAGUUGCUUGGUUCAGAAGCAAUGAAUGCAUUGGUGCUCAACCAAAAUCGUUUGGUAGGCGUUGAAGAUUUGUACAAUUCAUUGGUCUCGAUUAUAGAACCUCGCGUGAAAAAACAGACGGAAAACGCAGCCUUUAAUCCCGAAAACUCCAACCUGGACACAGAUUCUAACGCAAAACAUUUGGCUCCGUACGCAGGCCCAAUUCCUCAAAUUGCGGAAGAAGACGAAGGACUUGAUAGUCCUCUUAUGAAAUCACAACUGCGAGGUUUGUUUAAACCGGUACCUUUGAACCGCAUUUGCGAAGAAAUGAAAAUACUUCCAAUUGCAUUAUGCCUGUGCGAUGGUAUGGAUAAAACUGUGUCGAGCGAUUCUCCAUUGGCUACAUGGGCGGCUGAAUUUGCUGUGGGAACCAUAAAUAACAGAAUUCAGGAACAGUACACAAAGUCUAAACUAGGAACAAUGGCUACUUCAGAAUUCUUUGGUUACGGCGCAUGUCAGCGGUACGUAGCCACGGGUGUGACGAAUGCAAGGCACGUGGUCGUCGGCAUCGACCAAAAGCUAUUGUUCACUUUACUGGCAAAACCUAUCGACCGAGAGACCGCGGAAAUUUUUGACAUCGAAUUGACGUUUCCUAUAAAAAAAAACGAACCUGGCCUAACUUUGAGCAACCUGGUCCGUGUGACGCGGUUUAAUGAGUACGAAACGUGCUCGGAUACGGGCGUUGAACCAAAGCUCUGCGCAUGUCAUCCAGACAACACAAACAACACGUUGUGGAGGAAGAGAUUAUUUUCGAAGAUGAUUUCACAAGCAAAAUUCGGUUUGAAACCUCGAACACGUUUCCUUCGAAAACCGUGUCUCCUGGUUGUUUUUUGGGUUAAAUUGCAAAAUAUUGGUGAACGCUGGCCAAGUAAAAUUAGGACGUACGAAGCGAUCAACCGGUGUUCAAAUGUGAAAUACAAUUUAACAAUUUUCUUCAAAGAAGCUCAUACCACUCGGAUUUCAUUAAAAUAUCCUGCAUAUGUUACCCUACUGCCUAAGACAGUCACAUUCCUUUUCACGACUAAAAACGAUCUUAAAAAUGACCAAACUAUACCAGUAUUUAGGUACAUGAAGAGUAUUUUAACGCACUGAUAGGACACACGAAUUGAGGUUAAUAAGUUUACGGCACCAUUGCAAGUAUAUAAUACAUAGCAAUCAUCGCAACUCUAGUUUACACAAUGAAAGUAACUAUCACCCAGAUUAUAUAUACAUUAACGAAUGUUAUAUUAUUUUUAUUCAACGAUAUUAAAUGUCAUAUU